GUGAUUUUAGAAGCAAAAAUAGUGAAAAUCGGAUCCGAUCAACAAUCUACGACUGAUGUAGAGACGAGUUUCGCAGAGGAUUGCGACGAAACAUCCCAUUCGGAAAUUCAUGAAAAAUCGUUGCCAAUUUGCGAAAGCUCGAAAUCAUCCGUGGCCGAACAGGAAAGCAAUGCAUCAACUGCUUGCUCAGGAAGCAUCAACCAAUCCUUUCACGAAGCUGAAAUAAGCGAACAAAACAAAAUUCUCCCUAGUCAGGAUAUAAUCCCGUGUGAACUUCCAGAAUCUCGAGAAGCAUCCCCUUCAAAUGAUCAAGAUAUCAUCACGGAGGAUCAUGUUUCCACGCAUGCCGUAGAAACAGAGAGUCUUCCACAAACUCCAAAACUUCACGGAACAGAUGAUAAUGAUGUUGUAGCCCAAGAAUCGCCUUCGAGUUCAGUGAAACAUGACGUUAGUGAUAAGUCUUUGUCAACUAGACCGGGCUCAAAUGCAGAAGUUGGAGCUGCCGACGAUGAGAACGAAGAGAUGCUCGAAUCAACAGAGAUCAGUAAGGAAGACGAGGUUGAUAAAAGCGACGAACCAAGUUCGAAGUUCUCUCCGGAAAUCGAACAUGACACUAUUUACCUCGCCAAUUCGUCCGUAGAACCUGUUAAUCCUCCAAGUAUUUCAGCAUUGGAAACUGUUCAAGAUGAGAUGCAAACGGAUUCCGCGCCCACUUCUAAAAUUUCUCCAGAAACCACUGAAGAUGCAAUAACACUGAACGACAAAAUAGACGCCGAAUCUCCAUCCAGAAUGUCCUCGAAAAGCGUUCAAGACGACACUGACACGAGUGACAAAAUGGUCGCCGAAGACUCAAUCACAAAAUCCGUCGCUUCUCCAAGUGAUCAACCACAAGUCCUCGAUUCACGCGGAAACGAAUCUCCCAUAGCAGAGGCCAUGGAAGAAGAAGAAGAACAACGUGAAACGCAUUUUGCGACUGUCGAAGAUCUUUCCAAAGACGAUGCUUCAGCACUUUCAGACAUCGCAGAAGAGAAUUCAGACGCCGGGGAACCGGAUGCUGCAAAACGCAGAAUAUCCGUGGACCCACACCUGUUCACCAUCAGUUCGGACAUAGAAUCAAGCGGUGAAACUAUCUUCGAGACCGGGUCCAUGUUCUCAGAGUCCAUCAGCGGCAUUUCGAGUCCAAUCGACGCAGAUUUGGCUUCCCCGAGGGAUGAGAACUACUUCGGAUCGCACGUUCUUUACACGUCCAGCCUGUUUGUCACUUUAAAGGACGGCGCAGAGGAAGAAGACGAUCACAACCGGAGUCUGGAUGACGUUGGUGGUGGUGGUGGUUUGAUGAAGCGAGAUUGGCCGGAUUUCGAUGAUGAUGAUGACUUCCGUCCAGAGCACGUCACUUCUAUGCCAAAGGCAUUCCUCACGCAGGUUUUCUUGGAUCACGAACAAGAGCAGGAGAUUCAGCGCAAGGAGUACAGGGACUUGAAGGAGGAAACUGAAGUUGACAUGCCAACGGAAGCAAUUGGGGAGCUGCCCGAAGAUUCAGCAGUUUCCGCAGAGCCGCCAUCAGAGCCACCGCCGCCACCACCAAUCGAGGAGGAGGAAGAGUAGCGUGAAUCCACGCAAAAAGAAAGAUCGGCUUCACUUCCCCCUUUUUUUCAGUUAGAAAACGGGGGCUUCGUUUGAAGUUUUUUCGUUUUUGUUCAAAGUGAAUCAUUACGCAGCAAGCUGGCAACCCUGAGGGUCGAAAAGAAUUCCGUUUUGAAUCCAAUGCUUCUUGCAUGCUUGCAAAUGACCACUUGAAAAUGUGUUUGCUUCAGUUCAAACCCUAGCCUCUUCAUUCUUUUUGACCUCAAUUCGGAUGAACAAUUUUAAAUCAAUGCAUAUUUAUUGCAUUUAAAAAUUUUAAAUUGUUUUCCCCUUCGGACACUGGCCUCAUUAAUUCAAGAAUCAAAUUAAAUGGACUUCAAUUCAAGCGAAUAGGACAACAUAAAUGCAAAAAUUAAAUACAGAGGCUUUCACACAUGUUACUUCUGGUUUUCAUACGCCAAGACCAAUGCAUAAUCUAAAAGAAAUUAUCUGAUAUUUACAAAAAGAAAGGAAUGGAGUUUUGUGCUGUGACUCUUCAAAGAAAAACGGAAACAUCAGGAGAGUCCAUGUCAUUAAGCUUGCAAAAAAAAAAAUUGUGCAGAAAGCCACGUCAUUUUGACUCGUUUUUAUCGUGAUUAUUUUUGCUUUAUAUCUUGCCCCACAAAGGAUCUGGGUUGCCUUCUCAUCAAAUAAAAAGAAACUGUGGAAAAAGUGAAA